UGUAGAAUCAUGUUCGUGGAGCAAUGUAUGUUUGAGUAGCUGUGGAGAAAUGGCGUCUAUUACGAGAAGAAGAUUUCUACAGCCGAUUAAAGCAUCUCUUGAUGCGAUUGCUCCUUGUUAUUCUUCUCCUUCUCACUCAGCAUUCCCAUUUUAUGGAAGAUUUGGACCUUUAAAGACACUGAUGAAGGACCUUGAACCUGUAUUAUAUAAACGUGCCUCAAGAUUUCACGAUAAAUUGAAUAUACAGAGAACGUAUCUGAAGAACUUCUGCUUUCGAGGAAGCAAAUUAAGUAUGGGAAGCAUUUUUGGUGUGUCAGUUGUAUUUGGAUCAAUUAACCUUUGGCCACAUUUUGUGUAUGCCAUGGAUGGACAUGAUAUUUUGGCAGGUGAUUAUCAUGUAGACUCCUUGGGUGUGUCAGACCUGGAACAAGGUCCACACACUUUCUGGAUGCUUGCAAAGAAACUUUGGCUGCCAUUGUUAUUCUUUGUAACUGUGCUGGUGAAUUGGGAGCAUCCUAUUAAACUUGUGAUCAAAGCUACCAUUUUUCUCCUCGCCACAAAGCCCAGGCCUUUCUCAGUUUAUCUUUCUGUUGAACAGUUGCGUCAUCAGUCUAUGCGCCAACGCCCUUACUUUUAUAAAUUCAAGUCACUAUAUGCCAAGAAAGUUGAAGUCAAAGACUAUAAGCUUUUCUGCAUUGCUAAAGUUGAAUUAAGAGAUAAGGAGUUCGAGUUGUUGGGAAUUCUGGGUGGUUGGUGGGUUUUGCCAUCAUUGCCUGCCAUAGCUCAGUUUAUUUAGUUGGGAAUAAAGCCACAAGAGUGUCAUUGAGAAACCAGGUAACCCAAUGGUAGUAAAAAAAGGUCUUGUUUCGUUCUAUAGAAAAUCAGUCUCCCCUUAUUUUUCCAUUUUCUUUUGUUUACUCUUCCAAUGAAAUUCUCUUUUCUGUUUUCUUCUUCAUUUGCUUUUCCCCUUUAUAUGGAUCAUCUGUGACUUCUGGUAGAAAGUAUGAACCAAAUGACUAUCAGUGUAAGACUCAAACAUAUAUGUUGAUACCUUGACAUCUGGUCACUUCUUGCAUCA